GUAGAGAUUUCAAGUUCAAGGCAACCUAUCAUCGAGUUUUAUUGGUGGGGCGUUGUGGUUACGUUUGGUGACGGACUCAACCUCCGGUUUUCCAAUCGAAGUAUAUCUCAUAUAUUAGAUUGUUUCAUUCUAAAGGUUAGCGCCAAGUGAUUCUGGUUACAAAUAAAUUGCGCGUAGGGUGGAAAAUGCCAUACAGCUUCAAGUCGUCAAAAUACUUGCUUAUAGCAUUAAACUUACUAUACCUAGUUGUCUCCUUCAUCCUUGUUGGCAUUGCUGCAUAUGCAAGAGUGAGCAUUUAUGUGACCAGCGUUCACAUUGUUGGAGGUAUUAUUGCUUGUGGGGUAUUUCUCUUUGUACUUGCUGUGGUUGGCUUGUUAGGAGCUAUUAGACACAGUCAGGCGAUAUUAUUUUUCUAUAUAAUCCUACUUUUCAGUCUCUUUCUCGUCCAGUUCUCUGUAGCAUGUGCCUGCUUGUCACUAAGUAGUGAAUACCAACAGGUUUUGGUUGAAACAGCGUGGAAACAAAGCUCCGACAGCGUAAAGUUGACUGUUAUGAAAGCCUUCCAAUGUUGUGGCCUUCAAACACCUGAUUUACCUCCGUCUGACCCGAUGAGUUGUCCGCCGUGCAAGUUGGCUAACCUUUCCUGUUGCAAUACAAGUGAGGGCAGUAACUCUAUCUGUUGUCAGGGUCCAGAAGCAUCUAGUAAGUUUUGCCCAUGUACUACGACUUGUUGGACUGUGAUUGAAGAACGACUGUCAACUGGUAUCCGGGUCACUGGUGCUACUAGUCUUUUCUUCAGUGUAGUUGAACUACUAGGAGUUUGGACAGCACUUCGUUACCGGCAUCAACGUGAUCCUCUGCUCGAUCCUAACAGUGUUCUCUGAUCUUUUUCUGUAUUAUUCUUUCAACACACUUGUUUAGAAUGAUUGUUUCUAUCAUUGCUAUUCAACACUAUAAUAUUCAAUAACUUCCAGAUUCUUGCUUUUAAAUUUGCCCUCAAACUCCACUGUCAUGCAAAAGUCUUUAAUUAACAUUUCGAUAUAUGCUUAACAUGCCUGUGUUAUUCACUUACUUACUUUCUAGUCGUUCAUAAUACUAGACUGAUUUCAAUUCCAAUUUCAUUCCUCUAUUUUGGUUAUGCUUUGUUUUGUUUUUUUCUAAAAUAUUCAUCAUCGAGCGAAAUGUUGUUUCUAUUAUUCGCAUCACACGUCCCGUGAAUCUUUUAUCUAGACAGCAUCCUCAUUUUAGAUAUUCAUUGUAAACUAAUAUUGAAGGCUGUUUUCAUACAUUCAUUUCUCUGUUGGUGGUAGCAUAUUUAUGUCGAUUAAAGCACGCGUUUAUAACUUAUUGUUUUUGUCGAAUUGCUAUGAUACGAAGUAUGGAACAGAUUCUCUUGUGAACCUUUUAAUGUGUUUGCAUAUUGCUAUACAAACCUUGAUGAAAUACGAGUACAUUCAGAUGAAAGUGUAUUCAUUUGCAGUUUUUCAAUCUCUCAUCAUGAUUCUCUUUUCUGCUUAAUGUAGUUUGUUAUUUUCAAAGUGAAUUUUUCACAAAAAACGAGUUCAAACUUACUGGUGUCUAUUUAUUUAAAUCAAUUCGAUAUUGACUUUAUUAUCAUUAGGUAUAUACCGUUUAUACUAAGUAAACUCAGUCAACUGUCGUAUCGGUACAGAUGAUAAACAUUAUGAUUACCUUUCAUAGUUGCCAUUUCAAAAAAAUCAUCUCGAAUAAUAAUCAUUACUUUAU